AUGGCAAACGUAGCUUUCAACGUCAUUGGGUUAAUACUCGGUGUUGUUACGAUGGCUCCAAUGUUGGAAUCCAUGCUACCUUCCAAAAGCGACCGCGAAACUACAAUUCGUAUUGGAGUCGGAACUUCUAUCAAAGGAAGCGAUACCACUGGUGGUAACAUACCUGGUAUUCGCAUCUUUGAUGUGAUGGGACGAGAUAUUGGCGAAGCUCGCGGAAGCAAGAGCAAAAUUGCAGACGGCGGAUUCAAAGAUAUUGUUGUUACCGCUAACUCGGAACAACAAGGGCGACAGGCCCAAUAUGUCUCUGUUUCUAAGGGAGGCAAUGAUGCACUUUGCAUCUCAUACAUCGCAGUCACUUGGCCAGAUGGGCAGAAGAAGGCAUGGUAUGGCGAUGUUGGGUACCAAUGUGGAGGUUCCUGGUAUAACUCCCAGACAAUCAUCGGAGACGACAAUUACCAACCAAAAUGCACUUGGAUUGAUGGCGAUAAGUCCAACGGAAUCACCACCCAGGGAAUGGGCAUUCAUAUCACGGACUUUACUGCUACUAAGGAGCGUGCUGAGGCAUACGCGAAUGAUGGAGAUACUAUGUGCAAGAGCAAACCUCGCUUCCAUCUGUAUGAUGAUCUGAAGAGCGAUUAUUUCCUUCCGUACUUCAACCCGCCUCUUGAGUAUGACUCGAACCUAGUCGACAAAGACCGAAGCAAGGUUUUGGUGGAUGGUGCCUCAACUGGAAAGCUCCCACCAAAGAACAAGAAGCGUAGUCCCAGUGAGAAGCGUAACAACCUCUCCAAACGCCACACCUUUCCCGGUAAAUUGGUCACCAGCAAAAACCACGCUCACAGUGCGAAGGAGCUCUGUCAAAGCCAUAGCUCUCUUGGUCCCGAUUUCGUUUCUAUUCCCGAGGGUCUGUUCUGUGAUAUGUCUGAGAAAGAAUUGUGGCCUCUCUGUGGGAAGGACAAGAAGUCUAGCUGCUUCGAUCUUGCCACCUCUUCCAUGAUUGCGAAGGUUGGUAACUCUACUACUUCAACCUACAUGAACUCUCGAAGGGAUGUUGCCACUGGACGUAUUGUCCCCAGCAAGGAAUAUGAUGAUAUCUCCGCCUGGUAA